UGGGAAGCUAUCGAUUUCAUCAAGCAGAAGGUUCCUGUGUGACAGAAAUGGCAAAUCCAGCCAAUUUAACCUUUGGUAACUUCAGCUAUGACGAUGACUAUGAGGAUGAAAUCUGUGAUAAGAGUGGAGUUGUGAUAUUUGGAUCCUUUGCCAUUCCGAUUUUCUUCUCUGUUGUGAUCACACUGAGCCUGACAGGAAACAUUCUUGUCCUCAUAAUCCUGGCUUUGUAUGAAAAUCUUAAAUCUCUGACCAACAUUUUCAUCCUCAACUUGGCCUUCUCUGACCUGUUCUUCACCAUCGGUCUUCCUUUCUGGGCUAUUUACCACGUCCGGGGAUGGGUGUUUUCUGAAAUUCUCUGCAAAGUUGUGACUUUUAUCUUCUUCACUGGGUUUUACAGCAGCAUUCUCUUCCUGACCAUCAUGACCAUCUACAGGUACCUGGCUGUGGUCCAUCCUCUGUCUGAGCUCAGCACACCUAAAUACUCCACUGGGGUGUUUCUGUCUUUCCUGAUUUGGAUAAUCAGCACUGGAGCAGCCAUGCCCUCCCUCCUCUUCAGCUCAAUCACCAAGGUCCACCACAACGAUAAAGAGUCACAGGGCUGUGAAUAUAGUCAUCCCAUGUGGGAAACUGUUGGUGUCAUCCAACAGAAUGGCUUCUUCCUAGUUGCUUUUGCAGUCAUGGCUUUUUGCUACAUUCAAAUACUAGAAAGAAUCACAAGAACAAGAUCUCACACGAAGAACAGAGCAGUCAAGUUAGUCUUUUGUAUAGUUACUGUGUUCUUCAUUGGCUGGGUGCCGUACAAUGUUGUCAUCUUUUUGAGGGCCUUGCCUGCUCAUGUGGUCCCAUCAUUAAUUGAAUGUAAAGCAAGCACCCAGCUUGACUAUGCAUUUUACGUGUGCAGGCUCAUUGCUUUCUCCCACUGUUGCCUGAACCCCGUUUUUUAUGCAUUUGUUGGUGUGAAGUUUAGGAGUCAUUUAAAGUUAAUGCUACAUCGAUUCAUCCGACGACCAGUCGAGGAACAACAGGUUAGAAUGCAAAACUUAGUCUCACAUGGAUCAAUGUACUAGCUGCCCAGUUCAUUUUCUUGCAUUUACUGUAAUAUAACGGAUUAUAUAAUCAUAAGUCCAGUGUGCAUUUCACAAAAUUCAUUUAAUCUACAGAAGAGAGGAACUUGGAUAGUUACCUAAAUGUGUGUGUUGUUUUUUUUUAUGUAAAAAUAAAUUUAGUCAAACAGAUGUUGAGUUUAAUACUGCAAUACUGAAUUGGUAAAUGGCCUGUAUUUAUAUAGCGCUUUACUAGUCCCUAAGGACCCCAAAGCGCUUUACAUAUCCAGUC